AUGACUUCGCAGUUGCCGAUAUCGAUGGCCACGAUCAACGACCUACCAAAUGAGCUCCUGCUUGAGAUUAUUCCUCAUCUUACUCUUCAAGCCCUCAUCGCCGCUCGGGCAAUCAACAAAAAAUGGCGCAUGCUCGUUGCUAUCGCCUCUCGCGAUCUCUGCCCCACCCGCCGCAGACUCCUCCAACUCUACACAGAUACCAUCGCCUCCCCUGCCUUCCACGCGACACGAGACGAGAUCGUUGCGCAUCUCUGGCCUUUCGAUAGAGAGGCGUAUGUCGCGGCGCUUGAGGCAGCCACGCCGCUCCCGCUGCCUGAUGACUUCCGCAUGUGGCUGCUCGAGUGGCCCGAGCGCGCUGUCAUCGGGUGGUACUGGCCAGGGCUCACUAGCGCAUACAACUUCCAAGCGACCCUAGCCAGGGCUACCGGGGCGUAUUUACUUGAGCGACCAGAUGACGCAUUGGGGAGCAUUUUGUUGAACAAGGACGGCAGUGUGAUCUCGCAUCGUCCCCUUCGAGGAGAGGACCUGAUCCUCAAUGAUCAUUGGGUGUGGUUUGUGGACCUGCACUGUGAUCCCUGCGAUAGAUACGGGAUUACGACAUCUUUGUUCAUUGCUGGGAAGGGCGUGGGCGAGAAGGUGGUCGGGCAGGUCCGAUAUAACGUCGUUGGCCGUUUAAUCCAAAGCGAGCAUGGUGCACCAUGCUGGCUCGACUUUCUGAGGGGGGAACUACGCUACCAGGAGAGUCUGAUGUAG